AUGUCGCCAAACCUAGCUGAUGUCAAAUUUCUCCUCAAGGCACCUACUAUAUUCCCAGUCCUUUUUGCCGCCAUUGCUGGUAGCAGCAUCAAAAGUAUUGCAUCAUGGCGUAUCCAAACUACUGGAGGAGCAACCAUCGGACUGGUAGAGCAAUGUCUUGGUAGCCAGACUAUCACAGGGGCCAUUCUUACUCAGAUCAGACUACGUGCGGUGAACAGCAUGGCCAUCUUGACCGUCUUGUUGUGGUGCCUGUCUCCUCUAGGCAGUCAGGCAUCUCUCCGAGUCAUAUCUAUCGUCCCGAGUUACCCAAGUAACCAGGUCGAGUUGACCAGUUUGAAUACCUUCACACAGUACCAGUACGGCUACGGCCAAGGGCUAUCGGAAGCCAAAACAUCAAUUGCUAACCCAUUGAUUGCCGCCUUGUCUGCCGCUUCGCUACUCGCAAACCGCAACCAAGAUCUCUGGGGCAACAUCCGCUUCCCCUUCAUCGAGAAUUUUGAGAAAGACAGUACCGGUUGGAUGGAUAUACCCCAGAACGACAAUUUGACGUACGCGUCCCUUGUCGGCGUGCCGGUGAUUGAUUUGCCCAAUUCCGGCAACACAUCAUUUACGCUCCCGGGCUCCUAUUUAUCCAUAUCCUGUCCCAUCUUUGACACACUGCACCAAAUGAAUUUGACAAAUUUCACUGGGCCAGAUGCCCCAUCUCCUGGAAAUGGCGACGACUGUAGCUGGACGAGCUCACAGGGUGGCUAUCAGUUCCAGCUCGCCAUCUCGGAACCAUGCUCGAAGUCACUCGAUGCGUCGAUGGCAAGGACUCGGAAUGCCCGCAAGCUGAUAUGGGAAUCAUGGGAUCGUGGUUAUGCAGGGGAUCCUAAAGUCGAUCGGUCUCCCAUCACGCGAGCUGUAUGCGACCUCACCACUACUUACGUGGAUGCCAAUAUGACAUGCGAAUCCUUGGAUGGGAGUCAGUCUACAAAAGCUUGUAACCUGUCCUCCGCUCGCCGGUCGGUGAAUGAAUCCCAUUUCCACCAAAACUGGACUAUUUUCGAUCUGAAGUUUCCAGGAGAUUCAGCCCUGCCAAUAGGAUAUAACAAAGGGAUAUUGUACAUGCUCACCAGCAUUUUUCCAGAUGUUGAGCAGCAUGGUGGUCUGGAGCCCGUAAUUGGAUAUUUUAUUCACCCUUUUCACGCCAUUGGGGACUUCUUCGGAGACAAUUUGAUGUCACCUGAAACAACGAGCCCAAAGGUGUUUGGGACGCGUCUCUCGCAGCUUUUUAAUUCCGUCCUUUAUCUUGGAAUCAGCCCGUCGGCAUUCACAGGCUCUGUCAACAUGACACAAAUCGAGAAUGGCCAAAUCAAGCAUAGCCCCGUCAAAUUGACGGCUAAAAAUUCCCACCUGCAAAAUGUGGUGAAGUGUCACCGUUUGUGGCUCGCCAUCCUCCUUCUUUCCUCGGUCGUUAUCUUCUGCUUCGCACUGUUAGGCGCCUAUCUCCACAUUAUAACGAUCGCCCCUGAUCUUCUAGGAUCACUCUCCGUUGCCCUGUUACAAAACAAGAUAGAAGGAAUUGUCGGAUCUUCUACGUGGUCAUCAGAGGAAUGGUCGAAGAAUCAACGAGAUACGAAACUAUGGCUUGGGGACGUUCAGCCCGACGCUGAUGUUGGGUGUCUUGCCUUGACCACCGUGGCACAAGAUGUUGCUCCUGGUUUGAUAAAGGGAAGAUUGUAUCACUGA